UUUGCACGCUUGCAAAGCACAAUGUCACGUAGCGAAAUCAAAGUAGGCGCUAGAACGGAAAGUAGUGGUUACAUUGACAUGGAUUUUUCUUCUGGGGACUCAAAUAAAAUGAAACCUAAACAGUUUUAUCGGGAGGAGAAUAAUAACGAGGUCGAUGAACUAUCAAAAGAUCUCACAGAAAUGGGAUGUAUCGUUGAUGCUGUGAAACGACCACCUAAUAUCUGUGUAGAGACUUGUGUAUAUGAGGACUCUGAUUCGGGCAAUGAUAAAUCAGAAGUUGAGACCAAAGAUAAUGAAGAUGACGUUUAUUCUGACGAAUUCGAAGAAGACAGGAGUGAAAUAGAAGAGGUGGUGAAAAAGACAAAAGAACAAAGUAAAUCUGAACAUAAUAUUAAUAAAGAGACUCCUUCAACCCAACCGCUUGUCAAAUUAACAAAAAGUUUGUCAAAUAGUUCUACCAAUAAACCUCAGUCUUUAUCCGGACAAUCUACGAAUUAUGGCUCGAUAUCAAUCCCUGCAACACGUCGCGUCAACAUGUCCUUUACAAACGAGCGACUACGUGAGAUUGAGAGGCACAACCACAUCUUAUUGAACAAGAUCUUGAGCGCGCGAAACUCUCGCAAAUCUUCAAUACCGCCACGAGAACAGCCAGCGAGGAAACCUGUGCCGCCAGCUGCAGUGCAGCGCAAGAUGCAGCAGAAGAAAAUAGAUCACGACAAUAUGAUCCUCCUUAAGAAAAUCCAACGCGCCAAAUCUUCGGCCUACAGCUUGCGACGUUGAUACAGAAGUCGCGUCGGUCGCGCGGGCGCACGUCGACGCUGCUCUCUGUCUACUCACUUGUCGCAUGCCAAUAUAAAUG